AUGUCUGUUGCUGAAUCUCUCCGAGGGUUUGUGACCGAGCGGCUCGCUGCUGCUACUGAAGACAUUUUGGGAGUUUUGAACAGAACUGUGGUCCAGUACGAGGAAGAGCUGGACCGUCAACGCAGACUGCUGGAUUUGGUUUGGAAACCUCACAUUCUCUUACACAGAAUCGGUAAGAAGAGCCAAGUUUAGACUGAAUAAUGAAGCAGAAGCUCGGUUUAGAUCAGGGCUGCCUCUCCUCUCGGUUUCCAUGUAUAAAUACUGUGAAUAAAGGCGGAGGAACAACCCUGUAUGAGUUCAACAAUAACUGUGCUGUGUUAAUGUGGUGCUAUUGUGUCAGUGGUUCUUAAUCUGCCGUUAACGAUCAGAGGAAGAUCAAGGAGUCCGGGGGACGCUCUCGGACGUUGACCCCGUCCUCUUUUGUUCCCGCGAGCUGUUAUAAUGACCCGGUACCAAAACUCAUCAUGUGGACAGAAAACAGGGGAAAGAAGGGGAAACCUAAGAAUAACAGACAUGUGUGUUGUUGGAAAAAAGGUGGUUUACUGUCGUCUUACGGGUUAGUUUUACGUCCAACUUAUUUGACUCCUACAGGAAGGCCUUAAGUGACUCCUGUACACAAAGCUGAGCCCUUUGAGUUCAUCACAUACCCCCCUGGGUGUCUUCUGUUUGUAUAGAUAUAAACCAGUUUGGCCUCUGUGAGCUCUAUUAAUGGAUACUAUGUUAACUAAUUGCCAUUUUGAUUCUCUUGAAGUACAAAAUGUUUAAAAAGUGCCUGAUGGAUGUGCUUCCAAGAUGACGACAAAGUACCUUUUGAUUGAUUCUGACUUUAGUUUUGUGAUCUCAGACAAAAGUAGUUGCCCGGUGCACAGCACCAUCAGUCCUUUUCACUUAGUGCAGAGGAAGGCAGGAUAAACAGCUUCACCUCACAAAUGAGGACUGAACAGUUCUUUCUCUCAUGUUGACUUGGUCUCAUAUUUUGUGACUUCAUUUGUGUAAUAUAACUGCUGUAUUCUCAUAAAGUAAUAUUAGUCUUUAAUGCAUUUUAUAAUCUUGAUUUUACUCGUUCUCUUUAAGUUACAACUUAUCUUACUGCUCUUUUCUUCAAAGUAUUAAAACUUAUUUUACAUUGUGUUGCUAAUUUUAUGUCGUUUAUCUUGCUAGAGUCUGUCAGUAUUGCACCUCAAUUCUUCAACAUUUUAACUGAAUUGUGUUUAAUAUUACAACUCUAUCCUUAAAAUAUUACAUCCUUCUCGUGAUUCCAAUUCUCUGUUUUCUGUUCCAUCUCAUUGACGUAUUUAUGCUUCUGUGUUCCUGCAGAUAUUCCACAACAACAUGACUGUAAGGAGGAGGACGAGGUUGUCUCAGACCUGCAGCCCUGGAACCAGGAGAGGAACUCCAGUCCGGAACAAGAGGACCCAGAGCCUCUACAGAUUAAAGAGGAAGAGGAGGAAUUCUGCACCGGUCAGGACAGAGAGCAGCUGGAACCAAAGCAGGAGACUGAACACUUGAUGUUAACUCUAACCUGCCAUGAACCAGAAGUAAUGAAGGAAGACCAGUUCCUGUCUCACAACUCUCAUGAGGUUGCAAACCAAGAUCCACAGAAAGACAAGCUCACAGAGUCAGAAUCAACUUCAAAAUCAGAACAACACCCCCCCAAAAAAGUUCACAAAAGAAGAAGUAAGAAGACAAAACAGCCUAAGGUUCACUCUGAUCCUCAACAAGGUGAAAAGACUUUUAAAUGUGACACAAAUAGGGAAACAUUUACCAGAAAUUCAAAUUUACAGACACAUGUAAGUGUUUUCACUGGUAAGAAGAAGCAUACUUGUGAGAGGUGUGGGGAGAUAUUCAGAUACAAGUAUUUGCUAAAAAGACAUGCAAGAUCACACACAGGUGAGAGACCGUACUUCUGUUGCACUUGUGGGAAAAGCUUCAGAACGAACUACUAUUUAAAAAAGCACAUGCUAAUUCACUCUGGAGAAAAGCUGAACACCUGUGAAACAUGUGGCAAAUCUUUUGUCCUUACAGGUAACCUGAAAAUGCACAUGAGAAAACACACAGGUGAGAGACCGUACUCCUGCAGCACUUGUGGAAAAAGCUUCAGUGUGAAUUCAAGUUUAAAAGAGCACAUGCUUAUUCACUCAGGAGAAAAGCUGUUCACCUGCAAAACAUGCAGCAAAUCUUUUGUCAGUACAGGUAAACUGAGAAGGCACAUGAGAACACACACAGGUGAGAGACCAUACUCCUGCAGCACUUGUGGAAAAAGCUUCAGUCAGAAUUCAGGUUUAAAAGAGCACAUGCUUAUUCACUCAGGAGAAAAGCUGCACACCUGUGAAACAUGUGGCAAAUCUUUUGUCAGUACAGGUAAACUGAGAAGGCACAUGAGAACACACACAGGUGAGAGACCAUACUCCUGCAGCACUUGUGGAAAAAGCUUCAGUCAGAAUUCAGGUUUAAAAGAGCACAUGCUUGUUCACGCAAGAGAAAAGCUGCUCACCUGCAAAACAUGCAGCAAAUCUUUUAACAGGAAGGAUCGACUAAAACUGCACAUGAGAAUACACAGGUGAGAGACCGUACUCCUGUGGGACGUGUGGGAAAAGCUUCACUCAGACUUCAGGUUUCAAAUACCACAUGCAAAUUCACUCAAGAGAUAAGUAUUUCACCUGCAAAACAUGCAGCAAAUCUUUUAACAAGCAGGAUCAACUAAAACUGCACAUGAAAACACACACAGGUGA